CGAGUGACAGAAUCCAUGAUUGUAUACACACGGGCGUGCAUGAAGCCUAAAAUCCUUUGUGUUUUUUCCUAAAUUUGCAUCUUUUCCUGGCUGACUUUGCGGCUGAAAUGGAGAUCGCCACGACUCUGGGCACCCUCCAAGCCGAGCUGGAGCAAGCGAACGCCAAGCUGAAGGGCGUGGACGAGACGAUAAAGCGAUUUAUGGGUCGCGAUCCCAACGAGCCUCUUCCAACGCAGCCCGCGACUGGGGGACCGAGACGAGUGGUUAGCCUUGGGGGUCGGCAGGAGGCACCCUUCAGGAAUGUUCACCCGCCGGGAAGUAGAUUUAGAAAUGCUGGUGGAAAUGAUGCUGAUGAUGGACCACCAGCUAAUAAAAGGCGGUCUGUGGGAGGCAGUGUCUUCAGCAGACUCUCUGGAGUGCCACUCCGGUCUAAGCGAAAUGUUGACGUUGAAGAGGAGGAAGAUGAGCGACCAUCAAAUAGAGCUCUUCAGUCGAAGGUGAUUCCUUCUAAAGAAAUGCUCGUAACUCGUGAGGAUGUUUUGACGGCUCAAAGCAAAGAUGAAAAAAGCAAAGCAAGAAAUAGAAGGAUGUUUGGAGCAUUGCUGGGCACAUUGCAGAAGUUCCAAAAGGAGGAAACACUUCUGAAAGACAAGGAGGAAAAGAAGGCCAUUGUUGAGAAGAAAUUGGAGGAGAAUGCCCGUUUGGAGAAGGAACAGAUGCGCAAAGAUAAACAGGAAUUGUUCGCAGAUCGCAGGGCAAAGCAGAUUGAGGUGAAGAAGAUUGAACAGAAGGUCAACAGAAUCAAAUCGCAAGAGGAGUGGGAGAAGCAAGAAAAGCAUCUCAUGAACUUUAUUCGCACCAGUGCCAAACCUCCAAUUUUUUAUUGCCCUAAAGUGCACACACCUGAGACUUUGAAACUCCUUGAAGCCUCUAAGGAGUUUGUUGAAAAGCGAAUCGAGACAAAACGAGCUCAACUGCAAGAGGACUUGGAGUACUUUGAGCAGCACGGCAAGUGGAAGCCACCAGUGCGGCCGAAGAGAGAGGAGAGGAGGGAACAGCGCAGGAUCGGCAGGAAGAGGUCAAGGAGCAGAAGCAGGGACAAGAAGAGUAAGGACCACAAGAAAUCACAACUGGCAGUAGACAGACCCACUGCCAAGGAAAUGGACAGUGAUUUGGAGAGAGAAGCAGGGCCUGAAUUGGACGAUGACGCAGUCACAGGUAAGGAAGGGGACGAGGGUGAACGGGGUGGGGAGAGGUCGAUGCAUAAGUCGAGGGAUGUCUAUGAGCCGCCUCCACCUGGCACAGAGGUAAAUGGGGAUUUCGAUGGUGGGCAGGGUGACGAGGAGGUCAAACCAGAGAAUACCAGCAUGCAAGUGGAGGAGUUUGAGCCGUUGUACGAUUGAGCAAGGCGCCUAGUUGAUCUAAGAACAUAACACUCCUUAACAUACCCCUAGACUAGCCAUAAUGCAACACAAAUCCACUUUCCAUUGCUGGCAUGUCCAACCUGCCUCACUUUUUACUUUUGUCCGCUGUUGAUGUUUGGCACCUUUUCCAAUAGAUUCUCGGUGUCGAAACGCCCGCUCUUAAUUUGUGGUGUGAAUAACUUUUAAGAUUUAGAACGGCUCAUUUGUAAGAAAAUUGUGCACAUAACUUUGCGAAUAAGUUUAUUGUUCUAGCUUAAACUGAACCAAAAGCAACACGUAAAUAAAUCUGCUUUUACAAU